UGAAGUUCUGGUAAAAUAACUUCACUUCGUACCUUAGAUAGGUACCUAACCUAAUGCAAGCGACCUAUCAGUAAUCUACCUAGGUUAGCUGUCUGUCUCCAUGCAAACGAAUUCAUAAGGUGCCUUGAAGAUGCGUGGACCUUGGUUAUCGUAAACAAUCGUCUAUAAAAGCGCGAGGCUUUGAUUCGUUUGUAGCUUGUGAUUGAUAGCUACCUCUACUGAUAGUCCCAGGGAUAAUACAUACCUGGAAGCCCUGGAAGCUUGGCUUCGAAGUUGGCAGAAUUCUUAUUCAAUUACAUUACCAUAUCUUUAAUCACAUUGAGAGCUCUUCAAUAUGAGAAUUGCUAAUAGAUCCUUAGCAGUUCAUAGAGCCCUCAACAGCAAAAACUUGCUUGCUAAAAACUUCUGGGAUCUUUCACGCCCAAAAGCUACUACGAACACACAGGAAGAAUCUAUAUCCCCGGAUUCUUCUCUAGGUCCUAGGGCAUCAAAGUAUCAAAACCUCUUGUCAUUCAUAGACGGUGAUGAUUUUCUUAAAGAGCAGCAGGACUCGAGUCUUCGGCACCAAGAGCUGGCUCGAACUCUGAGCAAUUCUCCCAUCUUCACAGCUGCCGUUGAUAAAUUUGUCCACUCUGAAUUAUCACAGAGUGAACAUAACUCAGAUUUGGUCCCCCAGUAUGGACUGAUUGGCACUCGCCGGGAUAAUAAGAUCGCUGCCUCUCUAGAGGAUGGCCUCGUCAUUGGUAACGUCAACGUACCUUGGUCCGCCUUCAUCUGCGGUUCCCAAGGAGCAGGGAAGAGUCACACGCUAUGCUGCCUGUUAGAGAAUUCUCUUAUUGCCAGCAAUAAUGCCGGGGCUCUCCCAUAUCCGCUCGCAGGCAUGGUUAUGCAUUACGACGAUCACGCAAACUACAGUACAGCUCAGGUGUGCGAGGCGGCUUAUUUGUGCUCCUCAGGUAUUCCCGUAACCAUCCUCGUUUCGCCGUCCAACAUUUGGGCGAUGAAGCGUCUGUACACCAAUCUUCCGGGCUUACCACCAGGUAGCCCAAAGCCGAAAGUCGUACCCCUUUAUUUCGACGAACACCAGUUAGACGCUUCGAGAAUAUUGAAGCUCAUGGCUGUUGACCCUACAGCUGACAAGACUCCGUUAUAUAUGGAAGUUGUAAUGGACAUUGUUCGUACGAUAGCUAUGGAAGGAUCGGCUUUUACCUAUUCGAAAUUUCGGGAACGUAUUGCUUCAGUCAAAUGGAUGAGUGGGCAAGAGACGUCUCUGAACCUUCGUCUUCAGCUACUUGACAACUUUAUGGCGCCCUCGCCAAUGACAAAAUCGACUCGGCCAGCGAAGUCGCCGGAGAAUAUCUGGGCAUUUGAGCCGGGCUCAUUAACUAUCGUUGACAUGAGUGAUCCUUUCAUGAGCUCUGAUGAAGCUUGUACAUUAUUCUCGAUCUGUCUUUCUAUAUUUCUCGAGGAACGGAACAAAUGCGGGCGCGUUGUGGCGAUGGAUGAAGCCCAUAAGUUCCUAGCCCAAUCUGGUGAGGCGCGUGUCCUUACAAAUGAGUUGGUCUCCGUUAUUCGCCAACAGCGACAUACUGGAACGCGCGUGGUAAUUGCUACCCAGGAACCCACGCUGUCGCCUACGCUUAUUGACUUGGUUAAUGCCACAUUUGUUCACCGCUUUCUCUCCCCGAACUGGUAUGAAGUUCUCAAAAGACAUCUUGCCGGAGCUAAUACACAGGAUCCCGGGCACAACAAUUCACUCUUUCGCACGAUAGUCGGCCUUCGAACAGGACAGGCGCUCCUCUUUUGCCCUACCGCACGGAUGGAUGUUGAUGACGAGGCUUCUGAUGAUACGAAAGGGAUACGGCCUCUCAACGACAGUUACGUCAAGAUUCAAAUCCGAAAGCGUCUAACCGCUGACGGUGGAAAGAGUAUCACGGCCACAAGCGCGUCCGAAACUCCUGAAGCAUCGGUGGACAUCGAAGUCCCUAUGCACAUUGUGGAGCCGAAGGUAAAAGGUGGCAAGAAAGGUGGUAAAAAUAAGGGCAAGUCGCAGAAAGAAUCAUCAACACCAGCAACAUUCGAUGCAGUAUUAGAUGCAGUAGCAGACCAAAAUCCUAACAGUGCGGACGAAAGCGUAGCGUCUGAUAACCAGGCGAAAGAAGGAGAAGGAGAAGAAAAAGAAGGAGAAGGAGAAGAAGAAGAGGGAGAAAGAAGAAAACCCCCCCAAAGGAGUCGGCAUGUUACUAAGGAAGAGAUGGUCCAAGAGGGUGUACGUCAUUUCUCUUUAAUGGCUCAAGAACAUAAUAAUUGGGAAAGGUUGGCAUCGAUACAACGGAGAUAUAAGAGUCAGUUUUGGGAUGAACUGGAAGAAAAUCUCGGAUUGCGGCCUGGUAUGAUUAGCUGCAAUGUGGAAAAGAAAAGUUAUUUGGUCAUGGCUAUCGACAAAGAACUGAAGAAAAUUAGCAAGGCCAAAAAGCAUCAGAAAAAAUGAUGCACCAGGACAGAUUGGGAGAUAGAUCCACUAGCAUGCCUGGCAUUUAUAAGGAGCACGCUGCUCCCUCGAAGGCAGGCUUAUGGGGGCUCAGAUCAGGUAGCGCAUGGCAUAUAUCUUUCAAGAGUGGGAUUUAGGUAUCCCUUUACGAGUCGUCAUGGAGUGGUUCUAUAGAUUGGCCUUGUUGAUUAUAUAGAUAGAUACCUGGCAUCCCUUGACUCCAACUCUCCACUACUUAAUCAAAGAAUACCUUAGGAUUGAUAUCAGGUAGGCAGUCAGUGUCUAGUGUUGGGAUGCUGAACGAUCAACUACUUGUUACGCGAUGGGGAACAUUAUUAUUCCCUUAAACACCCUCGUCUAGGCCAGAAUGAAGUCUGCAAGAGAAGGCAAUUAAGUAGAAUAGAAAAAUAUUAUGAAAUCCAAGAUGUCAAGAGGUAGUCUGAUUCCCCCUAGGUAACUGAUUCGUUUGGGCGUAGUCGUUCGGUAAGAAUAAUACCAGUCUGAGAACCGAAGCUCGUCGCAAGGACUAGUUUAAGC